CCUGUAAUAUAGAUUGGCUGCUUUAAACUCGCUGGGCACCAUGUCCACCACGCCCCAAAAAAGAGCCACCCAGCACACGCCCUUCUCCCCAAGACCUAAAGCCCAAACGCCACGAACCCCGAAAACGCCGGGCGCCGCCUCGCCGACGAAGCGCGGCGCCCGGACCGCGGGGCCCGGCCGCUUCUCGCGGGCUGGCGUCCAAUUAACGAAGGCGGGUGUAGCUUUUGGCGACGCCUUCAAGGCUUUAGGUCAGGCCGUGGGAGCGCUCGUGACCGCGCCGCCGGCGUCGAGCGCCAAAGCGCAGUUCCACACCGUCGUUAUUGGAUCCGAGAACCCGGUCAAAGUGGGAGCCGUCACGGCCGUCGUGGCUGACUACCCCGAGGUCAUAAGACCGGGGACCGUGCUAGAAAGUGUGACCGUGCCGUCGGGCGUGCCGGCGCAGCCCGUCGGGUUGGCGGUUGUGGUCAGUGGCGCCCGCAGGAGGGCUAGGAACGCCCACGAGGCGGCGGGCGGCGGUUCGAGGACCUUAGCCUUUGGGAUUGAGAGCGGUCUCAUCGAGGUGCCGCGCGAAUCGACAGAACACAAGCUCGCACGUUAUUUUGAUGUGUGCGUCGUGGCUCUCUACGACGGCGGCCACAUGACGCUCGGUUUAAGCUGCGCCUUCCAGAUCCCGCCGGCCAUCGCCGCCAAGGUCAUGGGCGACGAGGCCAUGGACCUGUCUGAAGCCACGGUCGCCGCCGGUUACUCGAAAGACGGCGCGAUCGGCUCGAAGGGCGGCCUCAUCGGCGCGCUGACGCGGGGCCGCGUCACGCGCCGCGACUACACCAUCCAGGCCAUCCGCAUGGCCCUGACCGAGCGCGAGCCGCGCGCGAGCCGCGGCCUGCCCGCCGCGUCGCUGCGCAACACGGUCGCCGUUACCGAGGCCUGAGUUGUUGACAGCGUAUCCCCCCAAUUUUGGCACUCCUAAUUCACCACGUAUCAU